AUCAACUUGGGAUGAAACUACUAAAUUUGAACAAGGCCCUACGUCACUAACGCCUCAACGUGCCGGUGUGUGCAGUCUGCCAGUUUAGUGAGACCUUGUUCCAGUCCACACUUUCGAAGAAGCGUCUUCCUUGGACUACCGUGGAGGGUCGAUGUUGUGUGUUUGGAUUAAAACAUGCUGCCCAAGCGCUCCACUUUCGACCAUCUUAAAGAUAAAAACAUGCCAUCCAAGAGCUCCACUUUCAGACACCUUAAACCUUUGUCAGCAUAUGGAAGGGCGGCAUUUGCUGAGAGGGAUCGGAACAAGUUUCCGGAACCAAUUACUAAUUUUAAAAGUGAUUUGUUCAACAACAGAGCGACCAAGCGGAAACUGGAUGAUUCCAUUCAGGAUAGCUACUUUGAGACUCCAGCAAAGAAACCAGAAAUCAGUUGCAAUGUGUCAAGGCCAGAUGAAGACCGUUUCAUAUCCCACGACAGUCCUCUCAUGGGACAAACCCCCCAUCUUGGCCAAUCUCAGGCCUCACCGUUUGCUAAAACGCGGCCCAUCAAAUUGACAACCAGUGAAUCUGUGAGUUUGGAACAUGUGGCAUGUAAGUCCAGGUGGGAACCAUGCAGUCUGGCAGGGACUGAUCCAUGUUUGAGCAAAUAUGAGGUUGUACCUCAUCACCCCGUCUUUGAGUCCGAAGUUAACAAGCUCCUGUGCCUCAAUCUCCCUGAGCCCUGUAAAAGCGAUAAAACAGAUGAAGAUGUUGAUAAGGGUUAUUUGUCCAUGUGCCUCACUCCGUCACUCCAGUCCCCGCUAGGCUGUAGUCCAAUUCUACAGGCGGCUGAGGACAAGAGCCGUCCCCCAUCCAAACUUUCUCACUCACUGAAAGGUGCAGAACCUGACCUAGGUGGACUGUCAUUGGACUCCGCUGUAGAAUCUUUUGGCGGCGAUGUGGAGGAGGUGUGGGAUAUUGGUCCCCCCGUUUUAGAAUCAUCUGUGUGCGGAAAGGAGGAGCGCAGUCUUUGGAACCCACAAAAUCCUGACAAGGAGGAGUUGUACACAUCAAGACCCAGUACCAGUCCAGUCUCCAUCCUUCCUGGGAGGCGGGUGGCACUCAACACUGAAGCAGAUUGGGAACGAGAGAAACAAAUGUAUGUCCAGCUGGUUCACAAACAUCUUAGUGAGGCUUCAGAUGCUGCUCAAGAAGCCGUUCGUGAAAUGGAAGGUCUUUUGACACAAGUGGUGUACGAUUCCUCCGGAAGACAGUGGCAACAUCUCUCUGACCUCACGCGCAGGAACUACAGGGCACACUACGUACCGAAAAUAUCCCUCGUUGAAUGGCAAGCCAAGAGCUUGGGAACGCACAAGCGUUUUGAAAAGGUGCAGAAAAUCUUUGAAAGAAGUUCCAUUUCCUAACUUUUUUUUUAAACAAUUGUUGUGAUGUAACUUUUUUUUUUAACAAUUGUUGUGAUGGUCGCACUUAUGUUUGCACUUUUUAGAAAUAAGUUUGCAGUGUUUCAAAACUAAAUGCAUGUUGUGUUUAAGGAUUACAAAUUAGAAUGCUGGAAUUAGAAAUUUUAAUGCUUUAGCAUAUGUGGACGAAAAAGCACAUCUGUUGAGUUCCUGUAGAAAUUAUACAGUUCAAUAACCAACAUUGCUUUUUGAGCAUCUUAGUAUUUGUGAUUUUACUAGAGUUCAUGUUUUGUUACAUAAAUCUUGAAAGUUAACGCAUGUUUUUGUACUUGCUGUGAGGAAUUUUCUCCUGUUCAGAUGUCCAAUCCUUUGCGUGUAUAUGUGUAUAUGCAUCAUCGGAUUAAAUGCUGUGUAAAUCAAA